AUGUAUAUUAAUAAAUGCUUAUUAAUACUUUUAUUAUGCUGUUCAACUCUGAAAUUUGUCAAUCUAUUGUCAGUACGUGAAACUGACAAUAGACAACAUAAUCAAACUAAGGCUGAUCCAAUCGUUAUUGAAGUUAGUUGGACAGCUCAUGAUUAUGAUCUUCACACAAUACCAAGUUUACAACUUGUUACAAAUCCACUUGUGUCACGUCAAUUUUCACCAGUUAGUAAAGAAAUUUUUGCUAAUUUAAAACAACUCAAUGCUGAAUACGCUCGUUAUGCUGUUUGGUUUCCUUAUCCAAAAUUAGCUGUUGCCGAACUUGAUCCACCAUCAGGUUUAUUACAAUGUGGUAAUGUUGGUGAAGAUUAUCCUUUACAUUUAUCUUGUGAACAAAAUGGUGGUGUCAUAAGUCAAAUUGAUUUUGCAUCAUACGGUACAGCUAUGGGUGCAUGUGGUCAAAUGAAACAAGGUUCAUGUCAUGCUGAAAAUAGUUCAAGUAUAGUUCAACGAAUAUGUAUUGGACAAAAAUCAUGUACAAUUAUAGCAACCAAUGAUAUCUUUGGAGAUCCUUGUUAUGGAACACUCAAACGUUUAUUAGUUCAAAUGGAAUGUAAUCCACCACAAAAUAAUACCUAUUGGAAUUUUACAUAUAUGGAUCCUAUGUUAGAAGAUUUUCUCGAUGCAACUGAUGGUCAUUCACGUAUUAUUUCAUUUUCUACUCAACCUACUUGGCUUUUUCAACAAGAUACACCACAUAUCUAUCCAGAUAAUGCUACAUAUAUUGAUUGGGGAUAUCCUGUUGGAACAAAAUUUGUUGAUGAAUCAAUGCAAGCAUUAGGUGAUUAUUAUGGACGUGUCGUUGCUUGGUAUACUCGAGCUGGUUUUAUUGAUGAAUAUGGUUUAAAACAUAAUUCAGGUUAUGAAUAUAAUUGGGAUUAUACAGAAAUAUUCAAUGAAAUUGAAGGUGAACAUCAAAUGAGUAUUGAAUAUUAUACUCGAGCAUAUGAUGCAGUUAUUCAAGGCAUACGUAGACAUACAAAUAAUUAUGAUAUGAAAUAUGUUGGAAUGGCAUUAGAAAAUCAUAAUGAAUUUAAUUUUUAUAAAUAUUUCUUGAAUCAUUCAAAUCAUGCACCAGAUAUUCCACUUGAUAUGAUUUCAUAUCAUUUUUAUGCAAUAGGAACUUCUCGUACAGAUCCUCAAAGUUGGGAAAAUUUCUUUCCUCAACUUGAUAAAUUUACAAUUGAAGUCGAACAAAUUGAACAAAUUCGAAAAAAUCUUUCACCACAAACACGAACAACUAUUGAUGAAUUAGGUGUUAUUCUUCCGAAUGAUAAUGAUCCUAAUGCACCAUUAUUUCCAUUAAUUUAUUGGAAUGCUGCCGCUGCACUCUAUGCUUAUUCAUGGGGAAAAUUAUCACGACAAAAUAUUGAUGUUGUUGGACAUAGUCAACUAGUUGGUUAUCCACAAUUACCAAAUCUUCAACUAGAACCUCAAUAUCCAAGUGUUGCUCUUCUUAAUUGGACAACAGGUGAAGGAACAGCUAAAUAUUGGAUAUCAAAAUUAUUAAUCGACACCGCUGAUAUUGAUAAUGAUCAAGCAGUUAUAACACGAACAACUGAUGUUGGUGAUCAAAAUAUUUUUAGUCAAGCAUUUACUGGUAAAAAUAAUCGACGAUGGGUUUUAAUUAUAAAUAAACGAUACGCUAGUAUGAAUGUUUCAUUAUCGGGUUGUACUGGUGGUAAAAUGCAAAUUAUUAAUGAAGCAUCAGGUUUUGGACCACCAACUGAAAUUACAUUAACCUCAAAUCAAAUAACAUUAACUCCAUUUGCUAUUGCUAUCGUUCAUAUGCCUACUGCCAAGAAAUAG